AUGGCUUCUCUCAACACCUCGACAAACGGACCCUCAAUCUCCAAGAGCUAUCAAUCAAUUGUCAAUGCCCCUCCUCCCACCGGUCCCGCCGCAGCCUCGCCCACUUAUGGCCAAUGGGCCCUCUUCUCAGUCUCGGCUCCUCUCGCGAAUGCUUUUCAGCAGGACUCGGGAAAUAAAGAGAGCGUUUUGAAGGUACAAAGCACAGGAGAAGGCGAGCUCAUUGAUCUGGUUGACGAAUUCUCCGAUGGCCGCAUUCAAUUUGCUUUUGUCAAGGUCAAGGACUCCAACACGGGUCUUCCUAAAAGUGCCCUCAUCGCCUGGUGUGGUGAAGGUGUCCCCGAACGAACCAAAGGCUAUUUCACUAGCCACCUGACUACAGUUGCCAAAUUAUUGCAUGGCUACCACGUACAAAUCACUGCGAGAUCAGACCGCGACCUCACCCCAGAGAGUAUCAUCCAGAAAGUCGCGGAUGCCUCGGGCUCUAAAUACUCGUCAAGCACCUCUGCUGCGGCUGCCCCUCCUCCAGUUGCCGCAACCAAACCCGCAAUUGCCUCGAAACCUGUAUUUACGCCUACCCAGAGUUCUGGAGUUUCAGGAGGCUACAAUCCUGUAGCGCGCAAUCUGCCCAAAAGAGAUGCCAAUGUGGAUGAGGAUGGUUGGGGCACGGACGCUCCUCCGGUCACGAGAACACAACUUGAGAAGGUCGCGCCAGCUUAUCAGCCUACAAAGGUCAAUAUGAGAGACCUUACUUCACAAAAGCCUGCCCCGUCGCCCUUUACUAGCAGCCAGGCGGACGAUCGGCCUGAGGUGGUCAGAGGUGCAUACCAGCCCAUCGGGAAGGUUGACAUUGCGGCCAUUCGACGUCAAGCUCAGGAAUCAGGUUCCCUGAAGGAUGACAGACCAGAACCCGUCAAGGGUGCUUAUGAGCCUAUUGGCAAGGUCGACAUUGCAGCCAUUCGCGCCAAAGCCCAGAGACCCGAAGAGUCGGGCGGCUUUUCGCGGCCGCCUCCUGUCUCAAGCCCAUCAACCGGACCUUCGGAGGAACCAGAGAUGCCCAGUCGUUCGCUGGCAGAGAGAUCAGCGGCCUUUUCGCAAGGGCCUGAACGUUUGACAUCGCUUCCCAAACCCAAAGUGGCCAAUAAGUUUGGUGGCGGCUCGACUUUCACCGGGACCAGAGCACCGCUCCCUGGUGGUUUCGAGGCAAAACCUGCGGCACCAGCUGCGCCUGUGGGAACAGCGAGUCGGACAUUUGCUGACCAAGGUGGGAAGACGCCUGCACAGCUGUGGGCUGAGAAGAAGGCUCGUGAGAGAGGCAUGAGCGGCUCCGGCGAAGCCCCCGUAUCGCCUUCUGGCUAUACCGGACAGACACCGAUCGCAACGCAAAAGAGCGGGGACAGCGGCUGGAAGAGCGGCUACACAGGCAAGUCGUGGGCUCCUGUGCAAACCACGCAUACUGGCCGCAGCAGUAUCGGCCAACAAGUGACCGGCGAAGGCAUGAAGGCAGUCGAGGAAGAAGAGGGUCCGACUUCUCCAGUCGGGGGAAUCAGCUCGAUCCGAGAUCGCUUCAGCGGAGCGCCGCCGAUGGGAGCUCCGGCGACAUUUGACCGCGCUCCGCCACCGGCUCCGGAACCCGAUACAAGCAGCAAACCCAACCGGGGCAUUCCAAUCCCAGGGUUGCCCCUGCCGCAAGCUAGAGAGGAAGAGCCUGCUCCAGCACUACCUCCACCACCUGCACAACCACGAAGUCCCAUGCCCGAGGAGGAGGAGGAGGAGCCAGAGGCGCCGAGCGGCUCUCCUAUCCGCGUGGCGAUGCCAGUCAGCGCCUCAGCGGAUGUCACUGAUGCCCAUGAGGAGCAGCUAUCUCCUCCACCUGUGGUACCAGCAACUUCCAUGGCGCGUGCAAUCCCCACUCCAGCGGCAAGAGAAGAGGAGGAUGAACCAGCUCGAGGCCCUGACUUGGGCAGAACAGCGGCGGUGGCUGCGGCAGCCAGUACCCUAGGCACUGAAGCAGUAGAGUCUGCUCCCGCGCCAAACCCUGCAGCUGGCGGUGAACGCGCUCGGGCUGAGUAUGAUUACGAGGCAGCUGAGGAUAACGAAGUAUCACUGCGCGAAGGUGAAAUGGUGACGGACAUUCAACGCAUUGAUCCAGAUUGGUGGUUGGUCAAGAACGAGGCAGGACAAACCGGACUAGUACCCAGCAAUUAUCUCACCCUGUUGGACGACGAUGCUGGCGGUGCUCCUGCUCCUGCCCCAGCUGCUGCUCCCGUCGCCGCGGCAGAGCCAACUCCUCCCGCGCCCGCUCCCGCAGCUGCCGAGGCCAAAGGGGCAACAGCAACAGCGCUCUACGACUAUGAGGCUGGGGAGGACAACGAGUUGUCAUUCCCCGAGAACGCGAUCAUCACGAACGUGUCAUUUCCUGACGAAGACUGGUGGCAUGGCGAAUACAACGGUCACACUGGACUUUUCCCGGCCAACUAUACAAAACUGAAUGACUGA